AUGCAACUCACCAUCCCUGCGACAUGCAUCAUACCUCUGACCCCUGCAGGCCUGGGGAACUGGGAUAUGCCCACAGGCCUUGGGGAGGACUGGGAUAUGGUCCCUGUUUUUGCUCCUUUUGCUCCUUUUUCUGAGGACGCUGUCAUGAUGAGAGGCCAAAGAAACGAUGAGAUGAAUGCCACCCUGCAAGAAGGCUUCAUAGAACUGGAACAUGUCAUCAAUGACCUCACCCACAACAUGUCAAUCCCCUCCUCCCAAAUUAUUUCAUUAUGGAACAAGAGUCAUGCACACACUGUCAACAAUGUGAACCACUGGAACGCAUAUGCCAAUUACUUCAAAAAUAACCUCAAGCAGGAGCUUAGCAGGCUCGGAGAUGAGGCCCCAGAGGCUCCCAGCACACCGAGUGCCAGUGUGCACUGCAAGUGCUACAAUGCUUUCAAAAAAUCAUUCCCAAAUGACUGGCAGGAUAUUCUCAAGAUUUAUGGUGAGACUGCAUUAUUCCUCAGUGGACCUCAGACAGUUUCUGCACAGGGACAGGAGUUCCAACAAUUUAUGAAGAAGCUCUCUGGAUUAAUGGACACCGGAGUGGCCCAUUUUGGCUUCAAGGCUGCACUUGUAGCCUGUGGCAAAGUCAUCAAUCAAGACAGUUCUUUGGGCAUGGCCCAUACAACAUCUGGAGCUGCUGACUUUUGGUUGUCACAGUGCAAGGCUGACAAAGAUACCAUCAUUGGCCAUUUGAAAGUGCAAGUAUAUAACCUUGCAUCUCUGGCUGUGGUCAAAGAGGCCUUUGAGGAUGAGGUUGUGGAGGUCCAGGGCAAUGCCUGUGUGGCUUCAAAACCCCCUGCAGAAUGUGUCGACAUCACAAAGAAUGGACUCAAGUGGAUUAAAGACGAGAUAUCUCAUCAAAUUGACAUCCAUGGUGGCAAACUAUCAUCUAUCAAGAUUUUUCCAUGGAAGACACUGCCAUCAGAGCUCACACGCAAUUCAUUGGUCAUCAAGGGUUAUCCAGACAAUGUGCUCCUCCCCAGCGGGGUUCAUUCCAAUGCCAAUAAAGGAAUUGCAAACUUGACUCUCAAGGAGAUCAGCACCAUCAUCGUGGUAUUGCAGGCUGGGACUAUGUAUGUUGCAAAGGUUUCCAAAGCUAAGCAAUCUAAACUUGUGACUUCUGAAGUCCCAAUACUGGUGGGCACACCCCCUGCAGGAGAUUCUGAGCACGCAGCGGGACAUUGCCUCUUUGUGAAUGGCCAAUCUGAUUGCUGGGGGCUUCCCUGCCAGAAGCCAAGCAUGGCUACUACAAGGAUCAAAGUAGUCCAGCACCCAACAGGCCAGAAGAAGGUGGAGAAGAUGGAGAAGAAGGCUAACAAGAAGGUUGAGAAGAAGGUGGAGAAAAAGGCCGAGAAGAAGGUGGAGAAGAAGGUUGGCAAGGAGGUCAUUUCCUUGAUGUCUAGUGAUGCUCAGCCUGGCUCAGAGGACCUAGACGAAGACCUGGAUGAAAAUCUUGGUGAUGCACCCAAUGACGACUCGAAUUAUGAAGACAAUGAUUCCUCCAAGAAACAGAAGGUGAAAUCAGAAGGCCCCUCUCGAGCAUCCAAGAAGAGGGUCUCACCAACUGUUGCACCUGUAGAAAAGACUGUCCAAGCAAAGAAGACGAAAGGUAAGGCACCUAUUUGGCCCAAGGCCAAGGGGCCAGCUGAGAAGAGAGCCCUGCCAGAGGCUGCAGAGUCCUCUAGAGAUGAACAGGUUCCAGACGUGGCAGGACAAGGUAUGUACAACUCACAAAACUGCUUGUGGGAUGGUCCUGUUGACUCUUCCAAUGACAGUGGCGCCAACAAAGCUGCAGCAGAGACUCACUCAAAUAAUGCUGAUGCCACUAACAUCCUCACCACAUGCCCCUUGUCACCCUCCUCACCCUCACCAACUCAUCAUGGUUCAGCAGACUUGGUCCUGGACAACAUUUGCGGGGAAUCUCUCAUGCCAGUUGCAAAGGUAUGUAUGGCCACCCAAGAGGUCCAAUGGUGCAUGUGGUUUGCACCAGGCUUUGCCUGCUACCCGCUGUUGGAAUAUUACCAUGAUCCUCACAUGCCUCAUGCCCCCCAGGCCCUUCAUGCCCCCCAGGCCCCUCAUGGUCCUCAGCAUCAGUAUCGCAGUGGUGGGUACCACAAUGCUCCCUACCAUGACAAUCAAGAUGGAUACAAGGGAUACAUUGAGAGCUACUGGCACUCUCCCAGCCAUGCUUAUUUUGGUUCAGGAGGGAGAUAUGAGCAUGGCUAUGGGUGGGAGUAUCCUAAUGAGUAUCCCAAGGACCAGGAGGAUGGAGGACAGGCUCCUUAG